CCCUGUUCUGUUCAACUCUAGCUUCCUCCUUAACCCCUUCAGUCAAACCUCCGUCGAUCCAUCCUUUCAAAUCCACAUCUACAAUUUUCAAAUGAUUUCUUAAUAAUUAACCAGAUUUAAUCAUUGAAAAACAAAACUUAUAUCGAGUCUCCCGAUCGAUGUGAGUAAAUAUUAUAUAUGCAAAAUGCAUGUUCACAUCAUCUAAUCUUUCAUCUUCCAUAGGUUCUUCCUUCUUAUCCUUCUUACAGCUCUCUGUGAAUUUGUCUCCAUCUCAACGUGUCCAUGUGGUAGUCUUACCUCAUUACUUCUCUCUUUCUGUCCUUGAAUUUUUCUUUUAUAUAAAUGUUACCCUUAACAUUCUGAAUCUUCAUUUCUCUCUCUGUCUCUCUCUCUCUCAAAGUCCACUUGCUCUAGCUUACACGUUAUUUUGUCUGUCACUUCAUAACUAGCUCCGUUGUUGUUACAUAGUAGUACGAACAUUAUGGUAUCAGCCGAAACGGCUACAAUGGCGGAAGCUAAGAUGGUUUUCAUGACUGAGGCGGCGUCACCACCGUCGUCAGGACCACGUAUCUCCUUCUCAGCGGAUUUGUCAUCAUCAGACAGCGACGGAGAUUACAUCUGUGUCAACCCUGUGAACCUCAUUGUCGGUAAAGAAGAAAAAGACAAGACGAACUUGGUGAAAGCUGGAGACUUUGAGUUUCUGUCUGAAAACGUAACGAGUAACCAAACGAUGCUUACCGCCGACGAGUUGUUCUGUGAAGGAAAGUUACUUCCUUUCUGGCAGGUAAAGCAUUCAGAGAAGCUUAAAAACGUCAACUUGAAAACAAAAGUUGAAGUCGAAGAAGAAGAAGAAGAAGAUCAUAAAGUAGUGAGAGAGGAGGUUGUUCAUAACACCAAGGAGCAGGAGAACAACAACAGAGGAAGCUGGUUUCUUGACGACGACCCUUCUCCACGUCCACCAAAGUGCACUGUGCUGUGGAAAGAGCUUUUACGGCUGAAGAAACAGAGGACCACCACGACGACAACGGUUUCGUCAACGAGGGUAUCGUCUCUUUCGCCGUCUUCAUCUUCGAGCUCGACAUCGUCUUCUUCUAGCUCGAUUGGGGAUGCGGUGAAGAAGGAAGAGAGAGAGAAGGAAGGGAAGAGAGGUAAGAAAGGGUUAGAGAGGACGAGAUCUGUGACUAUGAGGAUAAGACCAAUGAUUCAUGUUCCUGUUUGUACUCCUUCUAAGUCCUCUGCUCCAUUGCCUCCUCUGUUUCCUCUAAGGCUACACAAAAACAGAGUAGAGAGACGAACUUGAUGAACAUCUUUUGUGUGGUUUAUAUUAAUCCUUCCUUCGGUUGGGUUUUGUGAUUAGAUGGGAUCUUUGUGAUUGAGAUCUGAGGUGUGACAGUGUAAAUGUGAACAUUUUCAUACCCGGAGAACAAUAAAAUUUUAAUAAUUAUUGAAUUUGAAUACACCCAUUUUUAUGCUU